AUGAACUACCCUCUCAAUUCCGACUCUCAUAUGACGGAUACCUCAGCGCCGGAUGAUAGCGAUGAAUACCCGGGUUCCGCGUGGAAAGGAGAGGGCACCGCCUUCUGGAUCCUGUCUCUGCGAGGAAUAGACAAGAAACAAGAGAGGCUCGCUCACUACAACAAGGCCACCAUGACUACCCUCCUUACAUUCGCCGGCCUUUUCGCCGCCACAGUCGCGGCAUUUUUGGUGGAUAGCUACAAGUCCCUCUCGCCCGACCCAAACGUUCAGACGUUCACGGUGGCGUUCAAUCAGACAAACGCGCUCUUAGGCCAACUCGUGAUGGCAUUCAACAUGACUCCGGUGA